UCCUCGUGUUUGUCUCUUUAUGUAAUCAAAGGGUUUUUGGGAUGGGAUCAUGAAAUGAAGUAUUGGAGAAUCCAGAGGAGUUUAUUUGGUAAUUUCUGGUAAUCAAAUGAAGGGUUCUUCAGAAUCUAAUUCCAGAGGAUUAAACAACACAUCUGGUGUUUCAGAGUUUUGUACUGAUGGUUCUAAGUCUUUGUCUCACAUUGAUUAUGUCAGAAGCUUACUUGGUUCACACAAAGAAGAUAACUUGGUUGGACUUGAUGACGACUCUAUUGUUAGAGCUUUGGAAUGUGAGGAUGUUAGCUUGCGUCAGUGGUUAGACAAUCCGGACCGAUCCGUUGAUGCCUUUGAGUGUUUUCACGUUUUCAGACAGAUUGUUGAGAUUGUGAAUGCAGCUCACUCUCAAGGCAUUGUUGUUCAUAAUGUUAGGCCUUCUUGUUUCGUUAUGUCUUCGUUUAACCAUGUUUCGUUUAUCGAAUCCGCUUCUUGUUCGGAUUCCGGUUCUGAUGAGGAUGCAACAACAAAGUCUCGAGAGAUUGGUAGCUCAAGAAUUCUAUCAGAGAGACGAAGCAAGCAACUAGAGGAAGUAGAGAAGCAACCUUUCCCUAUGAAACAAAUAUUAGCAAUGGAGAUGAGUUGGUAUACAAGUCCUGAAGAAGAUAAUGGUUCUCCGAGUAAUUGUGCUUCUGAUGUUUAUCGUCUUGGUGUUCUUCUCUUUGAGCUAUUUUGCCCUGUCUCCUCAAGAGAAGAGAAGUCAAGAACUAUGUCUAGUUUAAGACAUCGUGUUCUUCCACCUCAGAUAUUGCUCAAUUGGCCUAAAGAAGCUUCCUUUUGCUUGUGGUUACUGCAUCCUGAGCCUAGCUAUCGACCAUCAAUGAGUGAGUUGCUACAAAGUGAGUUUAUUAACGAACCUAGAGAGAAUUUGGAAGAACGUGAAGCUGCGAUGGAGCUACGGGAUAGAAUCGAGGAACAAGAGUUAUUGCUUGAGUUCUUGUUUCUAAUUCAACAGAGAAAACAAGAAGCUGCAGACAAAUUGCGGGAUACAAUAUCGCUUCUUUCUUCUGAUAUUGAUCAAGUCGUAAAGCGACAGUUGGUUUUACAGCAAAGAGGGAGUGAUGUACGUUCGUUCUUGGCCUCAAGAAAACGGAUUAGACAAGGAGCUGAGACCGCUGCGGCUGAGGAAGAAAAUGAUGAGAAUACCAUUGAUGAGGAAUCUAAGCUUGAUGAUACUAUAGAACAUACGCUUCUUGAAAGCUCUCGGUUAAUGAGAAAUUUGAAGAAACUAGAAUCAGUCUACUUUGCAACGCGGUACAGACAGAUUAAGGCUGCUGCUGCUGCUGAAAAACCGUUGGCUAGAUAUUAUUCGGCAUUGAGUAGUAAUGGUAGAAGUUCAGAAAAAAGUUCAAUGAGCAGCCCGGCACAACUACCAAAAGAUCCUAUCAAUGAUUCAAGACAGGGCGGUUGGAUCGAUCCAUUCCUCGAGGGUUUGUGCAAGUAUUUAUCUUUUAGUAAGCUAAGAGUGAAAGCCAAUUUGAAGCAAGGAGAUUUGUUGAACUCGUCUAACCUUGUUUGCGCAAUUGGGUUUGACCGUGAUGGGGAGUUUUUCGCCACGGCUGGCGUCAACAAAAAGAUCAAGAUAUUUGAAUGCGAGUCGAUAAUAAAAGAUGGCCGGGACAUUCAUUACCCGGUUGUGGAACUUGCUAGCCGGUCUAAGCUUAGUGGUAUAUGUUGGAACAGUUAUAUUAAGAGCCAAGUCGCAUCAAGUAACUUUGAAGGCGUGGUUCAGGUUUGGGAUGUUGCAAGAAGCCAGUUGGUUACAGAGAUGAAGGAGCAUGAGAAGCGCGUAUGGUCCAUCGAUUAUUCAUCAGCUGAUCCAACAUUGUUAGCCAGCGGUAGUGACGAUGGUUCGGUUAAGCUCUGGAGUAUCAAUCAGGGGGUUAGUAUUGGAACCAUCAAGACAAAGGCAAACAUUUGUUGUGUCCAGUUUCCUUCGGAGUCGGGUCGGUCUUUAACAUUUGGUUCAGCAGAUCACAAAGUUUACUACUAUGAUCUAAGGAACCCCAAGCUUCCUCUUUGCACAAUGAUUGGUCACAACAAGACCGUGAGUUAUGUCAGAUUUUUAGAUUCAUCAACACUUGUGUCUUCUUCGACGGAUAACACGCUGAAGCUAUGGGACUUAUCAAUGUCUAUUUCUGGUGUUAACGAAACGCCUCUUCACUCAUUCAUGGGGCACACUAAUGUUAAGAACUUUGUUGGAUUAUCGGUCUCUGACGGGUAUAUAGCAACAGGCUCAGAGACUAAUGAGGUUUUUGUGUACCACAAGGCAUUUCCAAUGCCGGUUUUGUCUUACAAGUUCAAAACUAUAGACCCUGUGUCGGAUCUCGAAGUAGACGAUGCCUCGCAGUUCAUAUCCUCGGUCUGCUGGCGGGGACAGUCCUCGACCUUAGUCGCUGCAAAUUCCACUGGCAACAUCAAGAUUCUGGAGAUGGUAUGAACCAAUAUGGCUCAGUAGCAAAAUGGUAAUUUUCCAGGGUUUGGAUUGGUAUAGGAAACAAUUUUUGGGAGAGAGAGAGUAGGAAAAGUGAAAACAUUGAUGCUACUAAAGAAUUGUGUAUAUAGAAGAAUAUAUAAUCUUUGUAUUU